AUGGCGAGAACGUUUGUAGUAACUGUUCCCAAAGUGAAAGUCUUCAGCAGAAGGGGAAUUGAGCGACAUGGAGAAGUAAAAAGGUUGUUUGUGCAUGAAACAGCGUAUGUGACACAAAUCCUGAAAUGUUUUGACUUGGAAAAUUCGAAUUCUGUAUCUGUUCCAGCUAAUCCAAAUGUGAAAUUGUACUCAGCCAAUGAAAAUGCCUUAGUUAUAGCCAAAUUUCCGUUCAGGGAAGCAGCUGGUUUACUUUCUUUUCUAUAUUUCACAGUGGGUGGAGUGAGCAAAUACUUGAACAGUUAUGAUGAGAAUCAUUGUCAAGCCAUCAUACACAUUAUCAAGUAUGUGCAAGGCACAAAAGACUUCGAUAUAUUGACAGAGAGCGAAGACAAUACGAUUAUCUUCAAGUAUAGGGACUCGGAUUAUGUGGAACAUACAGAAACAAGGCCAUCGACUUCGGUUUUAUUUUUCUGUUAUCUGUCCUCAGUUAUCUGGUCCCCUGAGCGUCAAAAAAUGAUGAGGCUGGACACCAUAGAAGCGAAAUAUGUGGCAUACAGCAUAACUGUGGAAGACACGACAUGGCUGCAAUCUCUGCUAUGUGAUUUCGGAAUGCAGUGCGAUCAAGCAACUAAAAAACGACGUGGAUAA